GCAGCCCCGGCGGUGCCGCUGCCGCCGCCCGAGCCGAGCCGAGCCGGGCCGGGCCGCGCCGGUGGAACGGCGCCCAUGGAGCGGCCGAAGAUGGCGGAGCUGGAGAGCCUGGAGACGGCGGCGGAGCACGAGCGGAUCCUGCGCGAGAUCGAGAGCACCGACACGGCCUGCAUCGGCCCCACGCUCAGGUCCGUGUACGACGGCGAGGAGCACGGGCGCUUCAUGGAGAAGUUGGAGGCGCGGAUCCGCAACCACGACCGGGAGAUCGAGAAGAUGUGCAACUUCCACUACCAGGGCUUCGUGGACUCCAUCACCGAGCUGCUCAAGGUCCGGGGCGAGGCCCAGAAACUCAAGAACCAAGUGACAGACACCAACCGGAAGCUGCAGAACGAAGGGAAAGAACUGAUCCUGGCCAUGGAGGAGCUGAGGCAGUGCCGGCUGCAGCAGAGGAACAUCUCGGCCACGGUGGAUAAACUCACGCUGUGUCUCCCCGUGCUGGAGAUGUACAGCAAGCUGCGGGAGCAGAUGAAAUCCAAGAGGCACUACCCGGCCCUGAAGACCCUGGAGCACCUGGAGCACACCUUCCUGCCCCAGGUGAGCCACUACCGCUUCUGCAAGGUGAUGGUGGACAACAUCCCGCGGCUGCGCGAGGAGAUCAAGGAGCUCUCCAUGUCCGACCUCAAGGACUUCCUGGAGAGCAUCCGCAAGCACUCGGACAAGAUCGGGGAGACCGCCAUGAAACAGACGCCUUUAGAGGGCAGAUCACGUCCAGGGAAUGACGGAUCUGGGAGGAGCUCGAUGUUCCUGGUCUGGAUUUGUGAGGCACAGCAGCAGAGGAACCUGGACAACAUCGUGUCCCAGCAGCCCAGGAUUAGUGGGGGGAAGAAAUCCAAGAAGGAAUUCAGCGCCAGCUCCGAGCUGGAGGUGAAGAACACCAGCCCCAUGUCGGAGCAGGAUUCAGGGAUCCUGGAUGUGGAGGAUGAGGAUGAGGAGGAAGAGGUGCCCGGAGCCCAGGAUUUGGUGGAUUUCUCCCCGGUCUAUCGGUGCCUCCACAUCUACUCGGUGCUGGGAGCCCGGGAGACCUUUGAGAGCUACUACAGGAAGCAGAGGAGAAAACAAGCGCGGCUGGUGCUGCAGCCUCCCUCCAACAUGCACGAAACUUUAGAUGGCUACAGGAAGUAUUUCAAUCAAAUUGUAGGGUUUUUUGUGGUGGAGGAUCACAUCCUGCACACCACCCAGGGCCUGGUCAAUCGGGCCUAUAUUGAUGAGCUGUGGGAGAUGGCCCUGUCCAAAACCAUCGCGGCCCUCAGGACCCACUCCUCCUACUGCUCCGACCCCAGCCUGGUGUUGGACCUGAAGAACCUCAUUGUGCUCUUCGCCGACACGCUGCAGGGCUACGGCUUCCCGGUGAACCAGCUCUUCGACAUGCUGCUGGAGAUCCAGGACCAGUACAGCGAGACCCUGCUGAAGAAGUGGGCAGGGGUGUUCAGAACCAUCCUUGACUCGGAUAACUACAGCCCCAUCCCGGUGUCGAAUGAAGAAGUUUAUAGGAAAAUCGUUGGGCAGUUCCCAUUCCAGGAUGCUGAACUUGAAAAGCAACCCUUCCCAAAGAAGUUCCCCUUCUCGGAGUUCGUGCCCAAGGUCUACAGCCAGAUCAAGGAGUUCAUCUACGCCUGCCUCAAGUUCUCCGAGGACCUGCACCUCAGCUCCACGGAAGUGGAUGACAUGAUCAGAAAAUCCACAAACCUGCUGCUGACCCGGACCCUGAGCAACUGUUUACAGAACGUCAUCAAGAGGAAAAACGUCGGCCUGACGGAGCUGGUGCAGAUCAUCAUCAACACCACCCACCUGGAGAAAUCCUGCAAGUUCCUGGAGGAGUUCAUCACCAACAUCACCAACGUGCUGCCCGAAACCGUCCACACCACCAAGCUCUACGGGACCACCACCUUCAAGGAUGCCCGGCACGCCGCCGAGGAGGAGAUCUACACCAACCUCAACCAGAAGAUCGACCAGUUCCUGCAGCUGGCCGACUACGACUGGAUGGCCCCGGAGCCGGGUGGCCGGGCCAGCGACUACCUGGUGGAUCUCAUCGGCUUCCUGCGCAGCACCUUCGCCGUGUUCACCCACCUCCCGGGGAAGGUGGCCCAGACCGCCUGCAUGUCGGCCUGCAAGCACCUCUCGACGUCGCUGCUGCAGCUGCUGCUGGAGGCCGAGGUGAGGCAGCUGACGCUGGGGGCCCUGCACCAGUUCAACCUGGACGUGGAGGAGUGCGAGCAGUUUGCCAGAUCCGGCCCAGUGCCUGGGUUCCAAGGGGACACGCUGCAGUUGGCCUUCAUCGACUUGAGACAACUCCUGGAUCUGUUCAUCCAAUGGGAUUGGUCGACGUAUUUGGCCGACUACGGGCAGCCCACGUGCAAAUACCUUCGCGUGAACCCCACCACAGCCCUCAUCCUGCUGGAAAAGAUGCGGGACACCAGCAGGAAAAACAACGUUUUCGCCCAAUUCCGGAAAAACGAGCGGGACAAGCAGAAGUUGAUCGACACCGUGGCCAAGCAGCUGCGCGGCCUCAUCAACAGCCACCACUCCUGAGGGGCUCGGGAUCCCCUUCCCGCAGCCGGGACUUCGGGAAUCUCGUUGGGAGAGAAGAUUUGUAUUUUUUUAUUCGCCUGGAAAGUCUCCGCGGAGCCUCCCCCCGGCGGCAAAACCCUCCCGGCGGAACAAUCCCGGGAAAAGAGGUGGUGGCAGGAGUCUCCUGGAGAAACUCCUAUUUUCAGGGGUUUAGGAAGCGAUGGGAAUUCUUGGAGCCUGGGAGAAGUUCACACCCGGAUUGGGUUGUUUGCUUUGUUGUUUUUUGGGUUUUUUUUUUUGUCAAAGCCAAAUUGAAGG